CUGUCUGAUUUGACAGCAGGGCUUUAAAUGGGAAUACCCUCUGCGCUGCGCUGCUGUGGGAGUCUGCCGCGUCACUGGGAUGCGGUCUCCGGAGCCGGGCAUCUAGCCUCCCGUCCCGGUCAUAUGUCCACCACAGAGAGGGACCACUCACCAUUUCCUCCACACACCAAAGAUGACAGCUCCAUCAAACUUGGCGGCGCCACAGCAACAGCGCUUUUUGAUGUUGUUCGACUUUGACGAGACCAUCAUCAAUGAGAGCAGCGAUGAUGCUGUGGUGCGUGCUCUGCCGGGCCAACAGCUUCCCGACUGGCUGAGAAACAGCUACAGGGAGGGCCACUACAACGAGCACAUGCAGAAGAUCCUGGUUUAUAUGGCGGAGCAGGGCGUGUCUGAGGACUCCAUCCAAGCAGCGGUGGAGAAGAUCCCGCCCUCGCCCGGCCUCCUGAACCUCUUCCAGUAUCUGCAGAGCCAUCAGCAGGACUUUGAGCUGGUUGUGGUCUCCGACGCCAACGUGUACUUCAUCGAGACGUGGCUGGAGCGCGCCGGGGUGCGACACCUUUUCCGCAAGAUUUUCACAAACCCGGCCAGUUUUGACGCCACCGGCCGUCUCGUGCUGCUCCCUUUCCACUCCCACUCGUGCUCCUGUUGUCCUGACAACAUGUGCAAGCAGAAGAUCCUUCGGGAGUAUCUGGCGGGCCGACAAAAGGAGCAUGGUGGUGCUCCCUUUCAGAGGGUGUUCUAUAUCGGAGACGGGGCCAAUGAUAUCUGUCCUUCUCUGGCUCUGGGGCCGCGGGACACAGCCUUCCCCAGGAGGGACUUCCCCAUGCACAGGCUGCUGCAGUCCCAGGCAGCCACGUUCAAGGCCAACAUCGUUCCUUGGGUCAGCGGCGAGGACAUAGUGGAUUGCCUGAAGAAAAUAAUGGAGGAGAGAUGAGAUGCGUGUGUUUGUGUGUGUGAAAGGGAGAGUGAAUGAGGGGGGCAAAUAUAUAGCAAAGGUGCACCAAGCCCCAGUCCUGGUGAGCAGCAGGAUAUGCAUGAUUUUACCCCAGCAACACUUGGUACAACCUGUAAAGACUUAGCCAAAUAGUGGGAAUCUAUUUGAAUUAAAGGAAUAGUUUUUUGGAAUUUGCUUUCUUGUGGAGUCAGGAGAUACUCCUGAGAGAGUGCUAUCGGUCUUCUCAACCAACUCUCUGCAAAUAAAUGUAUUUUCCAAAAUGUCAAA